AUGACGUUCCGCUGAGAGUGGUUGUCUUCGUGCGGGUCUGAAUUGGCGUAAUAUUAUUGUGAGACAUUAAUUGUUUCCGAUUCUAUCCGCGGCCGUUCGCUAGUUUCUAGCAAUGGCGGACGAAGAUAAUAACUGUGACGAGGGCAGUGGUGAAUUGAAGGCGGGGCAGGCUUUCCGCUUACGAGGCCGAAAAGGUGCCCUGAAGAAGAAGAAUGUUUACUUGGUGAAGGAUCACAAGUUUAUGCCAAGAUUCUUCAAGCAGCCCACGUUCUGCUCCCACUGCAAGGAUUUCAUAUGGGGAUUUGGAAAACAAGGCUUUCAGUGUCAAGUAUGCAGUUUCGUGGUCCACAAAAGAUGCCACGAGUAUGUUACGUUUACGUGUCCCGGCGCAGACAAAGGGGCCGAUUCCGACGACACUCGUACCAGACACAACUUCAAGGCUUACACCUACUCUUCGCCAACAUUCUGCGAUCACUGCGGUUCGCUACUGUACGGCCUGCUCCAUCAGGGCCUCAAGUGUCAAGCAUGCGACAUGAACGUACACAAACGUUGCGAGGAGUCGGUGCCCAACCUGUGUGGUUGCGAUCACACCGAGCGACGCGGGCGCAUACAACUCACCGUCUCCUGCGUUGGGAACAAGCUUACCGUCGUCGUGAAGCAAGGCCGGAAUCUGAUACCGAUGGAUCCCAACGGUCUAUCAGACCCCUACGUGAAGCUCAAACUGAUUCCUGACUCUGACAAUGUCAAGAAAAAAACCAAGACAAUCCGCAGCUGCUUGAACCCGGAGUGGAAUGAAACACUUACCUUCGAUCUGAAACCUGAAGAUAAGGAUCGAAGACUUCUACUCGAGAUAUGGGAUUGGGAUCGUACCUCCCGUAACGACUUCAUGGGCUCUCUUUCCUUCGGUAUCUCUGAGUUGAUGAAAGCUCCUGCUGAUGGGUGGUUCAAGCUUCUUACACAAGAAGAAGGAGACUACUACAAUGUUCCCGUACCCGAAGAGGGAGCUGACUUAGCCCAACUCAAGAACCAAAUGAAAGCUACAAAUGUCGGCCAACGUAGACCUCCGCCCCCACCUGAUCGUGAGGUUCCUCAUAAUAUGGCGGCCGCUGAUGUCAUCAGAGCGACAGAUUUCAACUUUAUCAUGGUUCUUGGAAAAGGUUCCUUUGGAAAGGUCAUGUUAGCAGAACGGCGAGGUACCGACGAGUUGUACGCCAUCAAGAUCCUGAAGAAAGACAUAAUAAUACAAGAUGAUGAUGUAGAGUGUACAAUGGUGGAGAAGAGAGUACUGGCGCUCAGCAGUAAGCCUCCUUUCCUCGUGCAACUUCACUCCUGCUUCCAGACUAUGGAUCGUCUAUACUUUGUGAUGGAGUACGUGAACGGUGGGGAUCUCAUGUUCCAGAUACAACAGUGCGGGAAGUUUAAGGAACCCGUUGCUGUCUUCUACGCGGCGGAAAUCGCAAUUGGUCUCUUCUUCCUCCACUCCCGUGGGAUAAUAUACCGGGAUCUGAAACUUGACAAUGUCCUGCUCGAUCAGGACGGUCAUAUUAAAAUCGCCGAUUUCGGUAUGUGCAAAGAGGGCAUCACUGGUGACAAAACUACCAAGACCUUCUGUGGUACUCCGGAUUAUAUAGCACCAGAGAUCAUUUUAUACCAGCCGUAUGGAAAGUCGGUGGAUUGGUGGGCGUAUGGUGUCCUGUUGUACGAGAUGCUGGUGGGACAACCUCCAUUCGAUGGUGAGGAUGAAGAGGAACUGUUCGCGGCUAUCACUGAUAAUAGUGUGUCCUAUCCGAAGACUUUGAGCAAGGAGGCAAAAGAUGCAUGCAAAUCUUUCCUUACCAAGAUCCCUCAGAAGCGUUUGGGUUGCGGAAUGCGGGGCGAAGAAGAUGUGCGCACUCACCCAUUCUUCAGGCGAAUCGACUGGGCCAGGAUUGAGGCCAGGGAUGUGCAGCCACCUUUCAAGCCUAAGAUCAAACAUCGUAAGGACGUGUCUAACUUCGACAAGCAAUUCACGGCCGAAAAGACGGAGCUGACGCCAACAGACAAGCUCUUUAUGAUGAACCUCGAUCAGACUGAGUUUAUGGGUUUCUCCUUCCUUAACCCAGAGUACGUGCAGCACGUCUGAACUGGUGAAUGCCGCGCUUUGAAAUUCUUUACGUGACUGACGUAUUGGCCUUGAAAUCACCAACUGUCGUUCUCUGUCACUCAUGCGAUCCAUCGUAUAUCUGUCUCGCUCAUUUACAUUGGACGUCGAUCUUCAAUUUUCGAGUACUUCGAUUGCUCAUAUAUUUAUUUUUAAACGAGUGGUAUUAGUCAAGUAUUACAUACAUGACUUGGUUUCACCGGCCUCAAUGGUCUGAAGUCCCCGAAGACUUAGCCGGUGAAUAUUUAAUUAUGGCAAUAAUUUUGUUAAUUAAAGCAAUAUAGCUCUCUAAUUUACAUUCUUUCUUUUCCCACGUGCCAUUGAAAUAUUUAUUAUUCAUUAUUAUAAAAUAUUUCAUUAUUCAAUAGGAUUUAUAUAGGGUGUUUUAUCUUUAACAUCUCGGGGCCACUUGUCUUACGGUUUCAGAUAAUUUCAUGUCAUAUCCAUAUUUUUAAAUCUCACAUAUCAGUGUGUCGGAUAGUUUGUUUUUUGUUUUACUAACGGACUAGCGAUAUAGUUUUAAUUUGCUUGCUGAAACGAAUAACGGUCAUUGUGGUUACAAAAUAAAUUAAAUCCUGAACAUAAAAAUCAAUUGAAAACCAAAAUUUUGCAUUUAACAAUAAUCACAUUUUAAGUAAAGAUACACUACCUCGGUUACUGUCGAAAAGUAUUAAAAUUUUACGUGCAUUAUCAUAAAAUCUUAUUGAAUGCUGGCGUUCUAAUUAGCAAGAUAUAUUUUAUUUUUUAUCUAUGAUGUCAUCUAUAAACUAUAGACUAUUUGCAAUAUUACCAAAAAAUAAAUACGAACAAAAAAAUAUUACAAAUUGUAUAAUAAUACCGAUAUAAUAAACAGCUAAAUAUUAUGAAGAAAUGGAUAUAUACUAUAUAUAAUUUUGAUUUAUGAAAAAAAAUGCAUGAAAUAAAAAAUGAACGGUAUUUUUUCUGCAAAAAAUAGUAAAAAAAAUUAUGUGUUUAAAAUAUCGCUAGAUCCUAUUUAUAUCUCUUAGGAGAAUCUCGAGUUUAUUUUUGUAUUUUGGAGAUUUAUCGCAGCGCGACUGUUUAGAUUUAAGUUCAAAGUUUACGUUUGUUAUUUAAUUGUACGUGUGUCCAUUGCGCGAUUAUAUUCUAUUGACUAAUUUGUUAUAAGAUUUUAUUUGUAAAUAAUAUGAUCGCGUAGUGUUAAAUAAAUAGCCUUACUAACUUAAAAUAAUAAUAAAUAAAUAAAAAUAAAAUAAAACUCUCGCUAGAAUAAAUGUGAAUUUAAAAUUGGGAAGCAUUCGAUUCUAAAUUGAAUUAAUAAAUGACUAAGAUAGGUAAACAGAUGUUCUAAUACACAAAAGACGAUCAAAUUUAUUGGAUAGCUAUUGAGUAUUUGGACAUAUGCGUUAAUACUUUUAAGUCUUCUAAAAGGAUAUGCGGUUUGCAUAUUUUACUAACAGAUGAUAAUUUUAAUUGUCAUCAUUGUUUGUCUUCAUUAGUAUUUUGAGUUUUUAAUCAAUUUUCAACGUUGAUUUUUUAAACAACGGUUCUCUGUUAGUUAAAUAUUUACAAUUUGGCCUUCUAGAAGAUUUAGUACGUAGAUUUAAGGAACCUAGAAAAUAUUCUUUAAAAUGGCUUCGUGAUUUGUAUUAAGUUUUUCGUCGUAGAUCUAAACUCUGCGAUUCAUUUUCUUACUAAAUAUAUAUAUUAUACAAUUUUAUCAUACACUGAAACUCUAAUUUUAGCUCCAAUUUAACACCGAUAAAAAAAUAGCAAAAGCCAAAUUAUUCAGUAAAUUCUUAAAAAUAAAUUACUAUUUUAUAUACAUUCAUUUUUUUAUAAAACUUAAUUUUUUCUAUUUAUCACCGAUAUUAAUUCGUCUCUUUCUGUCAUUUUGUUUGCGCUGUGUUGAAAAGAGAUAGUUCAGUAGUAUAGUAAUAACAACAUGAUUUGCUUUGUUUGUAAUAUAGUAAUAAAAGAAAGUAAGAAAAUGAGUCACAAGUAGACGCAAAGCGUUUCCCCAAACAUCACUAAAAAUAUUUAAAAAAACGCACUUUAAAUACCAGAGUGUCAAUACAAAUUACUUUAGAAAAGUUAAAAAAAAUCGCACCUCAAGUCGUGUUUUCGAUAUUUAGACUCGCCUUCAUUAAACAUUUCUGCAAAAUACUAUUUCAAUGGCAGAAAAUACCUUACUUAUUGCUCUGUGUUUUAAACCUCAGAAAAUUGCGUCUAGAAGAUAAGAUCAAAGAUUAUUAAGAGAAGAGUUUACCUGAUCAUGAAUGGCUUAAAAAUUGAUAGAUAUUUGAAUCAUUACAAGCUUGUACUGUUCUACUAAUCUUGACCUUUUUCUAAAUAAUAUAACUUUGCGUAGAGUAUAAUUAAUAUAUCAACAUAUACAAUAUUAGUUCCUAUCAAAUACUCAGAUACAAAACUUUAGAUUGUCUUUGCUUAAAAAUAUAGAUAUCGAAUAUGUAAUACUAAAUAUCCAUGUUUUCCAAAUAGUGAGCAGCUCUCUCGGCACUGAGGCCUUCGCACGAACUUUACAAUUGUUUCGUCUUCGUCAAUAAAUAAUGUCAGAUUUCUACGAUUUGAUAGCGUCGAUUUUUCAAAUAUAGUUUUAUAGACUUAUUCCUGAUUCCGUUUAUUUCCAAAUGGUAUUCUAGUGCUUAUGUUCUUACUAUUGUUCGUCCUACGGUUCGUAUAUAAAUGAAAACUCUUGACAAAUCAUUAUGAUAUAAUAUAUUUAUAGUGGAUAUUAUCAAAGCCAUUAAAAACUAGUAUUGUGCUGCUGAGUAUUGAUUCUUCCCACAAAGCAUUGUAUUUUGAGAUUAUUCCUCUCUUAAGAAGUGAAAUAUUAUAUAUAAGAUCUCACUUGUAUAUAAGCACAAGGUUUUAUCAUCUUGCAUUUUAGCUAAAAUAUCCAAAAUACAAUAUACCAAGAGUAUGUGUUAUUUUCGUCAGAUUCAAUUAUAUUAUUUUCCAACGUGAACUUUAUUUAAAAUUGGGUCAUGUGUUCAAUAAGAAUAUAAGUUAUAUAUUUUUAAUUAUGUAUUAUCAAUAUUUAAAGAUAAGUUACCAUUCGAUGCUUGUCAAAUUUUCCAGUAUUUUUUAUAACCUUCAUAGGGAAAUAGGCCUAAAUAUCACCUUAUUAAAUUAAGCCCGUAGAUGAUACAGGAUUUUAGGUAUACAUUUUAUCUCGAUUUAUAUAUACAUUUUAAAUUUUAAGGCGUCGUAUUUUAUGUAUCACGUCGCCUGUGCCAAAAGUGUAACGUUUUCCCAAAAAUUAGUAUUAUCGUAUCGCUAAUGUUGCAUUUUUAAAUGUUCAGUGUUGCCAGUGUAAAAUACAAAGAAUAGAAUAACGUAAAUAUUUUCAAAAAAGUGUAUUUGAAUUUGCCAUCAAUCACGCCUGGAUCCAGAAAAAUAGCAGUAAAAAGUGAUUAACAGAACAUUCACAAUUUUUAAAACACUGGUAGCAUUUAACAAAUUAUUAUCACCUUUUUGAUAAUUAUUACCAUUGUUGCACCUUGGGUUAAAUUUGUAAAACUUAGUAGGUGAUUUCAAAUUUUGUCGACUGUUACGUAUUUUAAAUUACAUCAAAAUGAACUAUUACCACAGAAAAUAAAUCAAAUAUUUAAUAGGUCAAAUUUCCUUAUUGAAGAUAGCUAACAGUUCAGCAAAUUUUGAAGCCACCUGGCACUAGAUUAGUGUUCCUAUCUAGGACUCUUUUGACCAUGUUUCCGACAAUAUUAUAUAUUUUUAUGAAACUCUUGUGCCUGCCCACAUCUUUCCAUCUGUUACGCUUUGUUACUCUGUGAUAUCGUUCUUUGUAAACAAGAAAACGUUGUGCAAAUCGUCAACGUUUUUUCAAUUCAAUUUUCAAUCGUCAAUUCAGUUUUUUUACGAUUAUUUUUACUCUGCAAUAAUUUAUCGUACUUUUUUAUUUUUAUCUUAAUAAACAUGAUUGGUAUGAAAAAGUAAUAAUAAAUUGUAUGCUAUUUUUUUCAAAAAGUUAUUCUAAUUUAAGAUAAUUAUUUUUACUUCAAACUAACGGUUAAAACUUAGAUUCUGAAAAAAGGAAACGGUUUAAACUAUUAUUUGUAUUGUCUUGCAAAACUUUUUCUUGGUUGCAUAGUUCCAAUUGAUUAACUUAGUACCGCUUGUAGCGUUUGUACACUUGGAUUUGUGAAUGCGCAGGAUUUUCUAUUUUCGACCAAUAACGUCGUCUCGAGCUUACUAUUGGUUACAUUUCAAAUGAGAAUUCUGCGUAUAAAUAUUUUAUUCUAAUAAUUGAUAUUAUUAGCGUAGUAUUGGAUUUGUAGUAUUAAAUUCGUCAUUUUCAUGAAAUUGUCAUUUUAAUAACGGUUCGUUCGUCCGUACGCAUACGAAAGUGAAUUCAAUCGCUUGUUGUAUCUCAGGAUCGAUCAUUGGAUGUCUUCAGAAAUGUUUGUGGAAUCUUCUUGACUGUGACUGUGAAUUGUACUCAAUAAUUUAAAUUAAAUUUCUAAUCCAUUAGA